CCGCCGCCGAGUCAGUCUGCCGGUAACAUUCGUUUGGCUCGCACGCGUUCCAGUCGUUCGUUGUCGUAAUCGUCGUUUCGUGCGUUUGGUGCCCGCUCGGAAUUCGAAUAAUUUAUAUAAAAGUCAAACCGUUUUUUUUAUCUUUCGCUCCCUCCCUAUCGUUUACCACGGGUAAACACUAGUGCGUGUGCUGCCGCGAGUGUGUGUCGUGACGAAAAAUUCGAUCGCUGCCCGUGACGUCAUGGAUAAUACUCAAUAACUGCAAUUCCCGUAGGACACGUACAGGUGUAUACGCAACGGUGGCGAUAUCGACGAGAAGGAUGGAUCGGCGACGGUUUGUAAUAGCUGCAUGGACCCCGCUACUGUUCCUGUUCGUCUUGGACAAAGGAUACCGACAUGGCGUUUAUGCCAAACCAGGGCUUUGUGAAAUGGAAACUGGCCAAGGAAAUAUUGUGCUGGACAUCGAAGAAAGUCGUGGGUCUCAAAUAAAUCAACCCAUCAAACCGUCCGAAUUACCGAUCAUAGGAGAUCCUUACACGGAAAUAUCUUUGGAUUUACUUUUUCCAACAAGAAAUUCGACAUUUGCGUUAAUCGGAAAACAUAUCCAAUUAACUCAGCCGCUGGACAGAGAUGCGGAAAACUUGUCCCACAUCGUAUUUCAGGUUACAUGCAUAGUAAGGUCUACCAACAAAAAAAGGACUAUACCCAUAAUAGUCCGCACGACUGAUAUUAACGAUAAUGCACCAAUAUUUUUGGAUACUCCGUAUCAAGUAUCGGUUCCCGAGUUGACAACAGUCGGCACAUCUGUAGCAGCUGUGAAAACAGUAGACGCAGACACCGGCGUCAACGCUCUAGUCGAAUACUUGGUGAUUCCCGGAAACGUGCCGGAAGAAGAACUUCAAAAAGGCAGAGUCAGCGAUGGCGUCAAACACUUUAAGAUGAAAUCUUCCAAUUCUGGCGAAAUAAUACUACAAAAAGGCCUAGACUUUGAAAAAGUUCAAAAAUACUUUGUAACGAUCCAAGCAACGGACCGAGCUAAGAACCCCGAGGACAGACUUACCUCGACAACGACGCUUACGGUAAUGGUAAAAGACGAAGACGAUCAGGAUCCGUCGUUCAAUUAUCAAGGAUGUACGGUUCAGGACGGAGCUUGCAUAAAUCCAGAAUACUACACAACAGUUGCCAGUGGUGUAAAUUCUGGUGUCCUUACGAUAAGACCAGAAAAAAUACAAGCUGUUGACAUGGAUUCUUUGAAUUAUCCAAUUCAGUAUUCGUUCAUUGAUGGAACUCCGUCGUUCUACGCCGAAUAUUUCACCAUAGAUCCUCAGUUCGGUACCGUAAAACAAAUAAAGGCAGUAGAUACUAGUUUGACGAAGAGAUUUUCAAUAACUGUCAAGGCUGAAGAAGAAUCAUCCAACCACAGAUCAACUACCGCUAAACUCUACAUUGAAGUAAAACCUGUUGAUAUCAACCCCCCUGUAAUACACAGUUCUGCUGUUGACGAAGGAUAUGGAUUUGUAGAAGAAAAUUCACCUAUUGGUACAAAAGUGUUAGAUAAGAAUGGACAACCAAUAAUUUUAUCUGUAACCGAUGACGAUUUGGGACCAAAUGAUCCUAAAGUAACUUAUACAUUUGAACUCACAACUAAUUCUUUUAACGUGGAUUCCGAUGGGUAUGUUUACGUAAAUGAAGAAAAAUUAGACAGAGAUCCACCGAAUCCUGGAAAAUACCGUUUUCAAAUAGUAGCUAGAGAAGUUAAUGGACAUGCAGGUAGCAUUCCAUACUUAAUGACAGUGUUCUUGAAAGAUGUGAAUGAUAAUCCUCCACGAAUGCCAAUGUUGUCUCCGAUCACGAUCCAAGCUGGAAAUUCUAGGCGACAACUUGUCCAAAUUAAAGCAGUAGACAACGACGAAGGUCAAAAUGCUAAUGUGUCUUAUAGUAUAUAUCAUGUAUCAAACCAAGGCCAUAGUAAGUUCCAUAUUGAUCCAAUAACUGGUUGGAUUGAAACCACUGGUCGAAUGAUGGCUGGUGAUCAGUACAGUAUAACUGUCCAAGCUUCUGAUUCUGGAGGUUUAUAUACCCAAAGUAUUGUUGAAGUUGUUGUAAUAGCAGGACCAAAUACUAAAUCCCCAGUAUUUUCACAAUCUUCAUACGAAGUGACUGUUAGUGAAGGUUCACCUAUUAACACAACAGUUAUUCCAUUGAAAGCUAUUGAUCCCGAAAACGACCCCGUCACUUAUACAAUCUUAUCAGGAAAUGACUUAAGACAAUUUACAAUUGGCGAAAAAAGUGGAAUAGUUAGUGUUAUAAGAAAAUUGGAUCGCGAAGAGUUGACUCGUUAUCAAUUGUUAAUCAAAGCACAAGAUGAAGGUGGACUUUCGAGUACAACAACAUUAAACAUCAAGAUAAGUGAUAUUAAUGAUAAGAAUCCGGAAUUUAUUGGUGCCCCGUAUGAGUUCUCGGUGGACGAAGGCUUAGAUGGAGCCCCAGUUGGAAAAGUAGAAGCUGUAGACGGAGAUGAAGGAAUAAACGCAUUAGUUCAUUAUUCGUUGCCAGACGAUUUACCAUUUUUAAUAGAUGCCAAUACUGGACAUAUACGUACUGCUACAGCUUUGGACUAUGAAAAAAACAAUGAAUAUAAAUUUGUGGUCACUGCCAAAGAUGGGGCGCCAGAUCCACGUAUUGGAACUGCUUCUGUGACUGUUUCAGUCAAAGACAUUGAAGACGAAAUUCCACUAUUUCAUAAAACAUUAUACGAAGCAAAAGUACCAGAGAAUGCACCCGAUUUCUUGGUUACUCAAGUACACGCCGAUGAUCCUGAUACAGUGAAACGAGUGACUUAUGUAAUAAAACAAGGACCUUCGGAUUUAUUUACCAUCGAUCCAGCUACUGGAACGAUUAGAACGCUUAGAGGUUUAGACUAUGAGAAAGACAGUCAACAUACCCUAAUUAUCGGAACAUUGGAAAAUUCAAAUCAAACACCCGGCGCCACAACGAAAGUAAUUGUAAAUGUUGAAGAUCGCAAUGACAUCCCACCUGUAUUUCUAACCAUACCUUCACCAGUAACACUUGAUGAUGAUGUAGCCAUUGGAACUAAAGUCACAACUCUUUUAGCUACUGAUUCGGAUGGAACAUCUCCAGGAAAUAAGGUUCGGUAUGAAUUGAGUGGCCGUGGAAAGGCAUUAAAGUAUUUUCACAUCGACCCUGAUCUUGGGGUUUUAUAUGUACGCGGUGAUUUACAAAAAGAACCCGAUAAUGAAUAUCAGGUGGAUGUAAAAGCUUAUGAUUUGGGUGAACCUCAGCUUUCGUCAGUGACAUCAGUGACAAUAUUUGUUCGACGAGUCACAACUCCAAUACCAGAAUUAGGAAUGGGAUUUUCGGACGAUUCGUACACCGCUCGAGUUCUAGAAUCUGCGGUUGCUGGUACUUUAGUUAAAGUUCUAACUGUUGUACACCCAAGACCAUCACUACCACUUCCUCUCGUUUGUACAAUAGUUUCCGGAAACUCUGAAGAUGUAUUUACAAUAAACGUCACAACAGAGAAAAAUUGCGAAGUGCGUUUAAAGGAAACGAAAUUAGAUCACGAACACGCAGAGAGUUAUCAAUUGAAAAUACGUCUCGACACGCUUGCCGGAGUCGUUAACCCAACAAAAAGCACUACUAUGUUAAACGUGCAAGUGAUCGACAUAAACGACAACGUUCCUACUUUUGUGUACCCGGAAAGCAGUAAACGCUACGCCAAGAACGCAUAUUACGGAGCUGUGGCGGUCGAUGAAGAAAUAGGUAGUGCAGUGUUACAGGUGAAAGCGGAUGACUUGGACGGAGGGAAAUUGGGUGAUGUGAGAUAUGAGUUGGCCGACGAUGAUGAUCAGAACUCAACGGAAGGACCUUAUUUCGCUAUCGAUCCAAAGACUGGGAUCGUGAAAACCCUUAGGACGUUGACCGACGUGCCUCCUCGGAACUUACCGUUCCGAUUAGUGGUCACGGCGCGCGACAACCCGGGGGCCACGAAUCCCAUCGAUUACAACACAGCUCAAGCACAUGUCGUUAUAAACGUGAUCAAAGACCAACACCGUUUGGUGAUGGCCAUCGAUGGCGCACGUCCGGACAUUGUUAAAUCGUCCGAAAAUAAGUUAAUAGACGUACUCGAAAAACAAUUGCAAUUGAUCGUGGGUGGUGAAAAAGUAUCGGCCAAACAGUACAGGCGGAGAGACAACCUCACCGUAGAAACUGAUCCCAGCUCGACCGAUUUCUGGUUUUACGUCGUAGACCCUGCCAGCGAGACAAUUUUGGAACGAAACAACACCAAAGUGGCCAGGUCGAUACUGAACAAAGAUUCCGUCGGAAACCUCACAUCGACGAUCGCAGAGAAACUGUCAAUUAUCGCAUCGGAUAUCCAUUUGCCGCUGCAACAGCAGAACGUCGUCACUCGGACCCACACUGCGGGCGUGACCAUCCAAUGGACCGUGUUUCCGUAUACUCUGAUCCUCAUGGCGGCCCUGAUCCUGGUGUUGGGCAUCGCCGGUAUAAUUUACAUCUGCGUGUCGUGGUCGAGGUACAAGGCGUACAAGGAGAGGAUGGCCCGGAUGUACGUGACACAGCGGUAUGACCCGGUGUUCAUCGAACCGAACAUGAAGGAAUACGAGGUACAGGUGCUUCAAAUGAGCGUACCGAUUGACGACAACGAUAGCUACAACGACUUGCAAUUGGACUUUAGCCGCAAAAAUCAUACGUUCAGUAUGGACAACGUCGGGUACAUUACAAAAGAAAACGUCGACAGCAUCGACGGACACAGUCCCGUGAGCUCGGAAGCGGCGACCACGGCCAGGACAUCCAGCAUGGGUCGUGGCAUGGCGAAUGGCGGGACCAGCACGUUCGGCAGGACGAACAUGGCGUUCGACCCGGCGGACGACGCAGAGUCCGCGGCUACUGCGGCCGUCAUCAGUCCCACCAACGACAACGUAAUGUUCCGGGAGAAGAAGGAGUUCGGACGUCCCGCGAUGCACAAUGGCAACGGGCUAACAACGUUCAACCGGAAGGACGUAGAGGUCACCACCGAACUAUGAUCGACUACCCUCUAUCUACUCCACGUCGUUUGCACACUCGCGUAUUUUAUAUAAUACCUAUUACAUUAUAACUUCGGUAGUCGGUACAAUACUGCGAUAUCACAUAAAAAAUGCGAUGUUAUUACCGCGUCUAGUCCCCGCGGUCCCCCCUCUCCUUGACAAACUAUACACAAUUUAAAUAUCCUCAUUUCCCCUUAACUGCGGUCACUGUGAUAACAUCGUUUUUGUACAUAUACCUAUAUUAAAUUUAUGUGUAUAUAAAGGCUAGAUAUAUAAUAUAUACAUCUACCCCAACCCCACCCUAUAACUAUAUGCAACGAACUUUGUUUUUUAUGUAUUCAUGUACAAUUAUCUUUUAUUAUUAUAUAAAACAACUUAUUUUGAGAUGUCGAGACGAAAUCACCCCCAAAGGCCAUCGUCCUCGAUAUGUUAUAUGCAUUUAGAUAUAUCGGUAGUAGGUACAUAAUAAUAAAUUGUACAAAUCGAUUAUUUUAUUAGAGAUUUUAUCCUCGAUCCGAUCAUUUAUGUAUUAUAAAUGGUAUAGUAAAAAUAGUAACAAUAAUAAGUAUGGUCGUUAGAUAAAACUGGAUGCGAAAUACCGAUCAUCGAUUUACUCAUUUAUACAUGUAGUGUAGGAUGAAGAGAAACAAUCAAUUUUUCUAGUAUAUACACAUAUUUAACCGCGUGCCUUACCUAUUGUUAUAUCAUCGUAUCGGGCAUUAAACUAGACGUGUAAUUUUUAUGAACAAAAACAAUCGUUUUCGAUUGCAAUUGCCGAUUGGUAAACAUAAUAAUAAUAUAGUAGGCGCAGUGUAGUACCAGCUGUCAUCCUAUCACCUGUUUUAAAACGUUAAACUUUGUAUUUUACGACCAACAACGUGACGAACAUAUUAUUGUGUAUUCUAAUCUCAUCUAUGUGUGAAGUACGCGAUUCAGGAAUUCUACGAAAUCUUAUUUUUUGAUAUAUAUACGAAUUACUCGCUGUUAUUAAAACUGUACGUUAUAAAUUUAUUUAUUUAGUAUAUCAAUGGCAAACUCGUUUAGUCGAUUUAAAACAUCUCUGAUUUUAAGUACCUACAUAUUAUUAUAAACACAACGCGUCGAAAAUUUUUAACGUUGUUACUACAUUGGGAGGGACUAUUAGAACGUGCAAUUUUUGACUAAUAUUAUUAAUCGUUUUGUUUAAUACGUAGCCACGUAAUAGGCACCUAUGUAUUAUUAUAACAUAUAAUUAUUGAUACCUACUUUUCUCUGCAUAGUUUUCUUCCCGUAAUCAUGUGUUUUGUACUUUUGUAAUUAACUAUAUUUAUUAUGUAUAGAACUAUAAACUUACCUGUAUUAUAAAUUUAUCAAAAACGUACGCUUUUCAUAUAUUAUUAAUACUAUUGAAUAUGCUGUACUGAAAUAUUAUAAAUAACGACUGUUUAGUUAAGCAUUUAUAGAUACUUUUGAUUUAAGUUUCAUUAACUGGGUGCGUUCUGUGUAUACCUAAAUUAAUAAUUAAAAAUACGAUUUAAUACCACUACGAAGACAAUAUCGUAUAAUAGGUACAUAGUUAAAAACUAAGAGUAAGAACCAAUAAAAACCAACUGAUCGUUUACCAUGUUUGAUUCGUUUAUAACGAUGAUUAUUGAUCAACCACGGUAUACUCUGUAACCGCAUACAAAUAAAUAUAAUCUUUUUUAAUUAUAUUCACCCAGCGAUUCAAAUGUGAUAUUGAUAGUUGAUACACAAUUCAUAGGACUAAGUUUCUCAAUUUAUUUUUAAAUAUCAUCUAAACACAGAACUUUGUUUUAGGGUGUGAAUUAUACGUUACCCAAUUUAUUGACAAGUAAAUUUUUAUAUUUUUUUAUACAUGAACGCAGUCACAAUAUUUUCAAUCAAAUUAUUCAUAAGCUUUGUUUUCGAAUAACAAUGUAACGUGUAACGUCAGUAAAAUGUACUUACGUGUGCGAGACUUGUAUUCUUAUUUCUUAUUGAUUUGCUCAUAUAAGAUGUUAUUUCGGUUUGCCUAAUAUUGUUAAAAUAGGUAACAAAUUGCCAUAUUUAAUUGUUAAGGGCAAACGAUGAACGUUUUCCUCAAGCUCAAAUUGUGUGUAAUAAUUUAUUUUAAAAUUAAGAGGUACAGUAAAAUAAAGUCCAUUUUAUAAUGUAUUAUAGUAAUAUAACAAUUUGUAUAAUAUUAUGUUGUUUUGAUAAUUAUACGUUCUUGAUUUAUUAUAUUUUUAUACAAUUAUUUCAAUUUUGUGUACAUUUAGUAAAAAUAUAUGUUUGAUAUUUAUGUGUA